CAUCAAACAACUGUCGCGACAUCGAGUCGUUGGUUGCAAGCACGCUUUCUCUCAACCUCCAAAUCAUGAGAGGUCUUUCAUCAUGGCUGUCCAUAGCAGCUAUAAACUUUCUUCUGCCUGUGGGCAUCUUGCUCUUCGCGAAGGGGUUCUUCCCCUAUAAGCCGUUCCUGCCCGGACUGGCGGUCUUCGGAGACGAGGACGUGAGGACGCCCGCGCCGUUCGAUAAAGUCGUGUUUAUGGUCGUGGAUGCUUUACGGAGCGACUUUGUGUACGGCGAACGAUCGGGUUUCAAGUUUACUCAAAGCUUGAUCUCGGAUUCUGUAGCGAUUCCAUAUACCGCGCACGCAACCUCGCCCACGAUCACGAUGCCGCGCGUGAAGGCCAUAACCACGGGCUCGAUCCCGGGCUUUCUCGACGUAAUCCUCAACUUCGCCGAGUCGGACACAUCGUCGACUUUAGCGCAGCAAGACAACUGGCUGGCACAGAUCAAGGCCCGGGGCGGAAAACUGGUCAUGUAUGGAGACGAUACAUGGUUGAAGCUGUUCCCGGGAAUGUUCGAGCGCAAUGAUGGGACGUCCAGCUUUUUUGUCUCGGACUUUACCGAAGUCGAUAAUAAUGUCACCCGCCACAUUGAUGAUGAGCUCAAGAGGGACGACUGGAAUGCUAUGGUGCUGCAUUAUCUGGGGCUGGAUCAUAUCGGACAUAAGUCAGGUCCGCAAAGUGCCUUUAUGCUUCCCAAGCAAGUCGAGAUGGACGGGAUCGUUGAGCGCAUCUAUACCGCCAUGGAAACGCAGCCACACCUCAGCUCGACUCUCUUGGUUCUCGCUGGAGACCACGGCAUGAACGAUGCCGGUAACCACGGGGGAUCCGGGGAAGGCGAGACUUCGCCGGCACUGGUGUUUAUGAGUCCCAGGCUGAAGCAGCUGGGCGCGCUAUACGAGGAAUCGCACGGUAGUGCGUUGAAAGCGCCGACUGUUCCCAAAAGCGGAGACUUCGGAUUCUAUUCUACCGUUGAACAGAGCGACGUUGCGCCCACAAUCACGUCAUUGUUGGGCUUGCCGGUGCCGAGGAACAACCUCGGGGUUUUGAUACCGGAGUUUCUGUGGCUUUGGAACGAGGGUGAGAGAAUCGAUGUCAUGAUGCGGAAUGCUAGGCAGCUGCGAACUAUUGUUGCGGUGCAAUAUCCAGAGUUCGAGCGUAUGGUGCUGGCUCGUGGGAUGAAUCAUAACUCCUGUGGAGACUCUGCCUCAGACGUGGACGAACUCGUGUGUCUCUGGAAAGAUGCCGCCGAUCGGUAUGCUUCAUGGGUCGAUGGGAAGGACAAUGAAAGCGCAAUUAAAACCGCCAAGGAGUCUCUAGUCAAGCUUUGCCGCCGUUACCAGGAGAUACUUUCGGGGGUUGCCAGUAACUACGACCUCAGAUUGAUGGCAGCCGGAAUGGCAGUAAUGAUCAUUGCCACUGUCGCCGGUAUCACAGGGCUUGUUCCCUUGAUGGGCGGGUCUGUUCUAGCGGACUGGACAUUCCCGGUUAUGACGCUUGCAUAUGCCGGGAUGAUGUUUGCAAGCAGCUUUGUAGAGGAAGAACAGCACUUUUGGUAUUGGGUUGCAUCCGGAUGGUUCAUGGUCUUGUUUUUGAAAGAAAGGAGGAACCAAGCCAGCGGGCUCGGUAUGAUCGGCAUCAUGGUGUUGUUGCGUAUCAUCAGGCGGUGGAACCAGACAGGUCAAAAACACGCCGGUGCACCAGACAUCGUCAAAGCCUUCUUCCCAGAGCAUACUACUGUGCUCUGGAUACUUAUCAUCGUCUCUUACUUCGACGUGCUCACACGCAUCUGGAAGAAUGGUUUACGCCGUAUAGACGGCCAGUUUGCGUGGUUCGCAGCAAUGGCCGCCGUCAUGGCUGCUUUCUGCUUCAAGCUGUCGUUUGCAGCAUACGACGCGGCUGAGCUUGUUCCCUCAUGGCUGGACUUUGUCCUGAAGUAUACCAACGAAUAUUCACUCGUGACGCAGGCACAAGCAGUGUUUGGUGUGGUCGCUGCGGGGAUGAUUUACACCUUCGUCUUCGAGGUCAAUGCGGGAGAUGCUACACAUGAAUCUCGAGAAUGCGCCGCCGCAGCACUGGGAGAGUUCGCCGAUCUCUUCCUCCUGACACAAACACGCUUCACCAAUAUCCCGCUGAUAUUCUUCUUCCGCCUCAUCUCCCGCCAACUUUCCUCCCUCGCCACUCUAACCGCCACAGAGACCACGCUCACCGUACUGAUAAUGCAGCACGUAUCCUUCUUCUCGAUGGGCGGGGCCAACGCCAUCUCCUCAGUCGAUCUCUCCAACGCCUACAACGGCGUAGCGGGGUACAACGUGAUCCUCGUCGGCUUCCUGACGCUCGUAUCCAACUGGGUGGGCUCCAUCUUCUGGGCGUCCUCCACAGCCAGCCUCCUACCCGGCAAACCCGACGAUUGGAGAAGACACGUCCUCACGAUGACGGUUUUCUACGCGGUGGCGGCAGUGGCGGUGAUGGCCGCCUGCACGGCCCUGAGAACGCAUCUGUUCAUCUGGACGGUGUUUUCGCCGAAGUAUUUGUACCUCAUGGCCUGGACUAUUGGGUUCCAUUUUGUCGCUGGCGUGGGCUGGGGGAGCGUCAGGUGGGCGGUCAGGCCGGGAGAGUAGAUGGUAGGUAGGGAAGGACAGGG